AUGUCGAAUCCAGCCGAUAGACCGUGGACUGAGGAGGAGAGGUAUGCCCUGCUCACGGAAAUCCUCAAAAAGGCCGGCAUCCCGUCGAGCCAUCUCGUUCGCAUGAUCAACGAGUUCCGUAUCAAUCCCAAUUGGGAUGAUAUUCCUCUGCCGCAAGGUCGUUCGCUCAACUCGUGCAAAAUGGCUUUUUUCAACAUGCAGCACCAACCGGGACAGCAACAACCACAAAAAUCUCAUCCACCACCGACACCAAUUCUUCGUCCCGAUACGACCGGGACGCCCGUUCCCAUAGAUCCAACGAUACGCAAGCGACCACUAUAUCCAGCAGAGAAACCACUCGCUCCGCGCGCCAUUCAGCCCCGGCCACCAGCCAGCAUCGCAUCCUACAGCAGCGAGAGCUCCGCCCAGCUAUCACCACGAUUCGAAGUCUCCGCCAGCGAGCCACCGCGCAAACGAGGCCGCCCAAGCAAAGCAGAGACCGAGCGCCGCAAAGCAGCCGCCGAAGCCCGUGGUGAACCCUACCCACCACCACGGCGCUCCGGUUCAGGCCGCCUGAAGAUCUCCUCGCCAUCAAGCCCCGCAGGUCCGGCACCGUACGCAGUACCACCACCCCCGGUAAUGGCCUACGACGUGCCCACGGCACGUCCAAUUGUACCUGUUCCCCCGGAAGGCCGCGACGUGCUAACCCGGAACAUGGGCCUGCGGGAACUACCACGGCCCCAAGAGAUGCCUCUGCCAUCACCACAUGCAUUGCAACUCGGUCCGCCGGAUAGUUUUCCCCCGCGUCUGAAUAGUACCAGUGAGCGUGGCUCUUUUAGUGCUAUUCCGGAUCGCUUCUCGCCGGAUGGCCGGAGGAACUCGGUGACUAGUCGUGGUGAACCGCCGUACGAAGGCCGGACGAGUACCACGCCGGGCGAGAAACCGCCCCAAUGA